AUGGCCAUCAUACGGAGUCCUCCAGCUGCUGUCAAGAGUAACACCACAGUGCCCAGUGCCCCCCAGGCCAACAGCGACUCUAUGGUGGGCUAUGUGUUGGGCCCUUUCUUCCUCAUCACCCUGAUCCGGGUGGUGGUGGCUGUGGUAAUGUACGUCCAGAAGAAAAAGCGGGGGGACAGGCUUCACCAUCACCUGCUCCCCAUGUACAGCUAUGACCCCGCUGAGGAGCUGCAUGAGGCUGAGCAGGAGCUACUCUCGGACGUGGGAGACCCGAAGAUGGUGCACGGCUGGCAGAGUGGCUACCAGCACAAGCGGAUGCCCUUGCUGGAUGUCAAGACCUGACACCCUCACCUUCAGAACCAUGGGGUCCUGCCGCCUGCUGCUUCCCCUCCCACCUGCCCACCCAGCCCUCUGCUGGGCACUGGGUCUCCA